CAGCAGCAGCAGCAGCAGCAAAGCGAGACUCCCGCGCCGCCGACUACAAGAGGGUUAAAAGUGUAGAUUGGAUUUCACCCCGGGAAAUCCAGCGCACGGAGUGAACUUGAAUCUUUGGCUAUUUAAGGAGGACCGGGGUUUGUUGUGAAGUUGUGGUGAUCCAGGGCAGAGCCCCGUCCUGAUUGAUUUCAUCUUCCUUGAGUCUCAGAUGACUGUAAAAUGAAUAGAUGAAAUUAUUCCUUUUUGAGGCUUUUCUUAGGGGCUCUCCGGACAGCGUGUUCUCAAAGCGAAGUCAUGAUGUAUUCUCCAAUCUGUCUCACUCAGGAUGAAUUUCACCCAUUCAUUGAGGCACUUCUUCCACAUGUCCGUGCAAUUGCUUAUACGUGGUUCAACCUCCAGGCUCGAAAACGCAAGUACUUCAAAAAGCACGAGAAGCGGAUGUCGAAGGAUGAGGAGAGAGCUGUCAAGGAUGAGCUGCUCAGUGAGAAGCCCGAAAUCAAGCAAAAGUGGGCAUCCCGGCUCCUCGCCAAGCUGCGCAAAGAUAUUCGCCAAGAGUUCCGGGAGGAUUUUGUGCUCACGGUGACUGGGAAGAAGCACCCAUGCUGUGUGUUGUCCAAUCCUGACCAGAAGGGUAAGAUUAGGAGAAUCGACUGCCUGCGGCAGGCUGACAAAGUCUGGCGUCUGGAUCUAGUCAUGGUGAUCCUCUUCAAAGGCAUCCCCUUGGAAAGUACGGAUGGAGAGCGACUCAUGAAAUCCCCACAUUGCACAAAUCCAGCACUUUGCGUCCAGCCGCAUCACAUAACAGUAUCCGUCAAGGAGCUUGAUUUGUUUUUGGCAUACUACGUGCAGGAGCAAGAUUCUGGACAACCAGGAAGUCCAAGCCACAAUGAUCCUGCCAAGAAUCCACCAGUGUACCUGGAAGACAGUUUUGUAAAAUCUGGAGUGUUCAACGUGUCGGAGCUUGUGAGAGUGUCCAGAACCCCUAUAACCCAGGGAACUGGAGUGAACUUCCCAAUUGGAGAGCUUCCGAGCCAGCCAUAUUACCAUGAUAUGAAUUCGGGAGUCAAUCUGCAGAGGUCCCUUUCCUCUCCACCAAGCAGCAAAAGACCCAAAACUAUCUCCAUAGAUGAGAAUAUGGAACCAAGCCCGACAGGAGACUUUUAUCCUUCUCCAAAUUCACCAGCUGCUGGGAGUCGGACAUGGCAUGAAAGAGAUCAAGAUAUGUCAUCUCCUACAAUGAAGAAACCUGAAAAGCCUUUGUUUAGUCCUACAUCUCCCCAGGAUUCUUCACCAAGACUGAGCACUUUUCCCCAGCAUCACCACCCAGGAAUACCAGGAGUUGCACACAGUGUCAUCUCAACUCGAACUCCGCCUCCGCCGUCGCCAUUGCCGUUUCCAGCACAAGCUAUCCUCCCUCCUGCCCCAUCUAGCUACUUCUCACACCCGACCAUCAGAUACCCUCCGCACCUGAAUCCUCAGGAUACGCUGAAGAAUUACGUACCUUCCUACGACCCGUCCAGCCCGCAGACCAGCCAGCCUAACAGCAGUGGUCAAGUAGUAGAAGGCCAUUUUACUCCAGUUUUGGCACCCUCUCCCCAUCACAGUGCGGUGCUCCCUGUGACCCUGACCAUGACAGAUACUAAACCCAUCACUACAUCCACUGAAGGUGAGGCAUCUUCACCUACAGCAACCACCUACACAGCCUCAGGCACAACCCAAGCCAAUCGAUAUGUGGGACUAAGCCCAAGAGACCCAUCCUUCCUACACCAGCAACAGCUGAGGAUUUGUGACUGGACCAUGAAUCAAAACGGCAGGCAUUUAUACCCCAGUGCCAGUGAGGAUACAUUGGGAAUUACUUGGCAAAGUCCUGGUACCUGGGCUAGCUUGGUUCCUUUUCAAGUAUCAAAUAGGACACCGAUCCUGCCAACAAAUGUCCCAAAUUAUGGUCUGAACAUAAUUGGAGAGCCUUUCCUUCAAGCAGAAACAAGCAACUGAGGGAAAAAAAAAAAAGCAAAAUUAAAAAAAAAAAAAAAAAGAAAAGCUAAAGAAGAAAGGAUAAGAAACGAAACUGAAGAAAGAAGAAAAAUAGACCAGCAAUUGCAGCAUUUACAAUCACAAUUCCCUUAUGGUUGAAACUGUAAUGAUAUGCAGAGGGUCGAUGAUAUUUCAGUGAUGGGUAGAACGCAGCCCCUGCUAAGUAGCCUUUGUUAUAUGAAGUCCGCUGGGAAAUAGAUGUUCUGUCUCUGACGAUAUAUUUUAACUGACUUUCUAGAUGCCUUAAUAUUUGCAUGAUAAGCUAGUUUUAUUGGUUUAGUAUUCUUGUUGUUUACGCAUGGGAUCGCUAUUCCUGGUUAUCUCACAAAACAAAGGCUAUAGGCGGCAGCAACAGCGCUGCGGCAGGACGAGGGCCACGGGCCACACGUUUUCUCAACACUCUGAUUUCUAAACGUUUUAAGAAUAAGCUCUGUAGCCUUUAGUUAUCAGUAUGGAUUUAUUAAUCUUUGGCCCUUCACCAAGCCUUUCUUAGUGUGUUACCCAGCUUGAGAUUUUCAAAGUCAGUACAAACACACAGGAUCUAUGGAAGAAAUGCCUCUAUGUAGGUAAAAGUGUUAUCUCCGCAUGCAACAGUAAAAUCAUAAAGAAAACAAGAACUUUCCCCACUAAAGUAACACUUACAGAGGCAAGUGCAAUUUAAAAGUCGUAUCUAAGGGGGUCAUCAUUAUAAGUCCUUCAGCCCUUGGACUCUAAAUUGAGGGGAUUAAAAAAAGGAAUUAAGAAUUGCUUUGAACAAAUUUAUUUUUCCCCUCAGUUUUUGGGGGCAUUAAAAGGCAUUAAAUCAAGACAAAUCAUGUCCUUGAGAAAGAAGAAAUCAAUGGAAACACAGCACUUAUGUUGGUUAGCUGCUGCCUCCACAGAGGGGUAGGACUUAUUUAUUUAAAGUUACUGGUUGCAUCAAGAACCCAUAGGGUUUACGUAUGGUUCUGCAAAAUCUGCAUCACAGAGACAAAGAGACAGGCAAAUCCAUGCCACAAGGGCAAAGCUUACCGUUUACAAACUGGGAAAACCAGGAUGGGGAUACGUUAUAUUUAAAACAAUGCACUCUUAAAGUAGGUCUAAUCACAGGGUGCUGAAAACUUGCAUGGUGCUUUCAGAAUUUAGCCUUGUUCUACAAUUUUCACAUAUUGACAGAAAUAUAAUGUGCAUGGGCAGACAAAUUUUGCCUCUACGUCUCUUUAAAAAAUAAUCAGUUUAAAUACUCUUUCCAGUAAUCCUAAUUUGCACGAAGAUAUAGUGUCCACAUUACGUGCCUUGCCUUGAAAUCUAAAAAAAAAUGGAAAAAAA